UACAGUUCUGCGAGUUUCUAAACUAGUGAUUCAAGUUCAGUUUUGGUUAAUACAAAAAAAAAGGUCACAUACUUUCAGUGGCAAGCGCGUAAAAAGAGUGCCAAUUUAUAUUAGACGAAAAGAUCGCGCGAUCUACAAUUUAUGCAUUAAGAAAGAUACAACGUUGAAUUGGAAUUUGUCAAUGGGCGAAUAAUAGCGACACACUUCGAAAGAUCGAUCUGAGAUAUUUGUUAAUAACAAAACGAAGCAAAUCUACAAAGAAAUCUCCCAAUGUCAUGUAUGCGCGAUGGCACAAAGUUCAGAGGUUGAUGCAGAAUGAAGGAUUAUUUUAUAGUAUUAACACGACGCUUACCAGGCGCAUACGAACUACUUCUAAUUUACAUAUUAAACUAAUGACAAUCAAAUAUGGUAUAGACCUAAAUAAAAGUUAACGAUGGAAAUUAGCGAGUGUUUUAAAACAGUGAUAUUAAAUUAUGGCAAGAAAAAGAAAAAUUUUAAAACUGUUUAUUGGUGUAAUUGUCGGACUUAUCUCGACGUCGUUGUUUAAACAAAACGGCGAGACGCGGAAGAACGUUAGCUCGUGUGUUGCGAAUUAUGACGUGUACGAUAGUGGCGAAUAUAUCCAAAGUGUAAUUAACGAUACGAAUGAAUUUUUACUGGCCGGUGUAAUGACCGCAAAAAAAUACGUAAAUACGCGCGCGAAAGCGGUCUACGAAACUUGGGGCAAAAAUGUGCCUGGAAAAAUACUCUUCUUCAGCUCGGAAGAAUCGCGAAGCAACGAAUUACCUCUCAUCCCACUGUCCGGCAUUGACGAUAACUACCCGCCCCAAAGGAAAUCGUUUGCGAUGCUGAAGUACAUGCACGACAAUUACAUUGACAAGUACGAAUGGUUUCUUCGAGCCGACGACGAUCUGUACGUGAGAACAGACCGACUGGAAGAACUACUGAGAUCCGUCGACAGCAACAAACCGUGGUUUAUAGGUCAGGCCGGAAGAGGGAAACCCCACGAAAUUCGGUCCUUGGCUCUGAAAAGGAACGAGAAUUACUGCAUGGGUGGUCCGGGUAUUAUUUUAAGUAGGGACACCUUAAAACGCAUCGUGCCGAAUAUUGAGGAAUGUCUUAGGAAUCUUUACUCUAACCAUGAAGAUGUUGAGCUUGGGAGAUGCGUCAGGAAAUUUACUGGAAUUUCUUGUACGUGGGCAUAUGAGAUGCAAGUGAUUUUUUAUCAUAAUCAAAGUACUGACGCCUUCUCUGGGAAUUUGAAGCAAAAAUACAUUCAUAGCGCAAUUACUAUGCAUCCAAUAAAGGAACCCCAGAAUAUGUACCGCCUUCAUGAUUAUGUAAAGGGUCAAACCAUUCAAGAGAAACAGCAGGAAUCGGUUACCCUACACAGAGACAUAUCGUCGUCGAUGGCUUACUUCAACAUCGAACCAUCUCAACUGCAGGCUGCCGAGUUGAUUGAAGAUUUUCCUUUGUACCCGGAACCGCCUGGCUCGUUGAAUUUUUUAGGAGAUCCGGAGCUUCUAGGAGCACCGGUUAGCCUUACUAGGUUUCCGUACAAGGCCAUCCAGGAUGUUUUGGAUUGGGAGUUGAUAUCGAAAUCGUUAUACUCUUUUAAGGAUUUCAACCCUAAGAGAAGAAUCGGAUCGUCGAUUAAGGAGGGACUGACUGACAUCGUACGAGAGAUUAUGGAAGUAACAAACUCCAAUUCGAAGCAGAGAGGAAGAGUGAUAGACUUUAAGGAGUUGCUCUACGUUUACUGGCGGUUGGAUUCCCUUCACGGUGCAGACUUAAUUUUAGACAUGUCGCUAUUGUAUAAGAAGUACACGGGAAAUAAAAUGACCGUACCGGUCAGGCGGCAUGUUUACGUACAACAGACGUUUACGGGAACGUUCAUCAGGGAAGUAACGUACAACGACGAAACACCCCAUGCUGAAAAUACAACCAGACCGAGCAUGUUCGUGCACAACGUUUUAGCCAAAAUCGGCAAAGUGCCACUGCCAAAAAUAUUUAAUUAUAAGUUGGAUAAUGACAAUAAUCGAUAUGUAAAUUUUAUUUUACCAUUACGUGAUAGAUUUGAAACUUUUACGAGAUUUAUGUACAUUUAUGAAAAUGUUUGUAUUAUCGAUGAAGAAACUACAAGACUGUUGAUAGUGCUUUAUAAAAACGAAGAUAACGUAGAAGAAUUUGAGAAAAACUUAGAAUUAAUUCGUGCGACUCAACGAAAGUAUCCCAACAGUGAAAUUUCGUACAGAGUGACCACCGAAGCAUUUUCAAGGGGAAAGGCGCUACAGUACGGGGUCGAUGAGAAAAAAGAUGACGACUUACUAUUUUUCAUUGACGUGGAUAUAGUGUUCACACAUAAAAGCUUGCAAAGGAUACGUUUUAAUACAGUUAAACACCACCAAGUCUAUUUCCCAAUAGUUUACAGUUUGUACAGCCCAAAAUUCCUGAACCAAUCGACUUCGGAUUCACGACAACAAAGUAUGGACUAUAACUUAAGCAAUCGCAAAGGCUUCUGGCGUCAAUUCGGAUUCGGUAUUACUAGCAUAUUUAAGUGUGAUUUUAUAAAUUUGGGAGGUUUUAAUAUGUCAAUUGCCGGUUGGGGCGUUGAAGAUGUGUCGUUUUUUGAAAAGGUUAUAAAGUCAAAUUAUAAAACAAUACGUAGCGUAGAUCCUCAACUGAUACACAUAUACCAUCCUAUAGAAUGUGAUAAUAAUUUAGAACAAGCUCAAAAAAAUAUGUGUAUCGGAACGAAAGCUAAUAUUUUAGGAUCUUUAUAUGACAUACAGAAUUUCUAUUUGAAAUAUAAACACUUAUUUAGGUAACGAAAUCUUUUUAAAUUUUAAAUUUGCCUGUGAUUUUAUAUUUUCAAUAC